AUGGCGGAUUCAUUGGAAAAAUUAUUCGUCACACGAGAAAAGGAUUUUAUCAAACAAAAUAUCCUUCAUGCGAAACGUUCUUAUCCGGCAGAGCCCAAACAACGAUCCGUCGAUACUCGUUAUGGCGAUACACAUGAUUUAAAGAGGAGCGGAUUACUUCCGAUUUAUGUGCACAAAAAAAACUAUGGAAAAAUACCAAGAUGUAUCGUAAAAGUCCGUACGAGAGUAGAGACGGCUGAAGCAUUUAAUGAAGAUGAGACAUCAAGAAUAUUAGCGUGUCAAUAUAUUGACAAGGAGGAACGAAAGAAGCUGCUUGAUGGCAUGAAGCAAAGGUGGGAGGAAGCGAUGGAGCGAUUCCGGAAGUUGCCAUUCCUCGCAGACACAUUGCCGAAGGCGCAGAAGAAAGCGAGGAUAGAGCGCGAGUUGCAACAACUUGAAAAAGACAUAGCAAUUAUCGAACAACAUUCGCAUAUAUAUGUUUAUGACGAAAGGAUUAAUGCACAAAACUGA